GAGGCCACCGCGAGCGCAGCGCUGGUCCGGCGGCCGGGCAGUCGGCGGUGCGGAGCCUACGAUUCGGAGGAUUGCGGAGCUGGGGCCGGCGCGGCGCCCAGGCAGGAGGGCGAAAGGGGUCCCUGGCCAGGAGCGUGGGGUGGGAGGCCUGCGGGAGGCGCCCGGCCUGGAGCUGAGCCUGGAGCGGUCUUGGCCGGGCAGGCCCUGGGAGCCCGGGGGAGGGGGGGCCCAGUGAUCCCGAGGGGACACAGAGUCCCUUCCGGGUCUCGGCUGUCCUUUGAAUAGCGGGGGACUCAGUCCCCAUUUCCUGAGCCUAAGUGAGGACCACAGCCGCUCCGUCUGAGCCCAGUGGGGACCUUAGGUCCCCCUCCUGAGCCCUGGGGGAGCCCUCGUCCCUUUCACUGGGCUUCACUGUGUCCCGCAGCCACCAAUCCCCUCUAAGCCCCAGUGCAUACUUCUGAUCUUUCUCCUCUGAAUGGCCAGGGAGACUCUCAUCCCCUUUGCCGGAAUUCCAGCAGGUCCCCAGCCCUCCUUCUCUGGACUGUGCUGUUCCCUUCUGUAAAUGUUGUGGGGUCCUACUGCCUCUCUGAGACCGGGAAGGAAUCGCGACCUCCCCAGAGGCUGAUGAGCCCAAAGGAAGCCAGGAGGCUCUCCUCUCAAACACACAGAACCUCAGCUCCCUCUCCUGGGCACCCCAAACUCAGCCUAGUGGGAGCUCGGAUCCCUUUUCCCCGGAAACCAGUUUCCCUAUCGUGAUCCCCCAGUGCGGACCCCUAGCGGCCCCUCAGAGCUUCAGCGGGCACUCUGUUCUCCUGGCUCUGGAGCCCUCCAGCCUUCUGCUGGGCACCCCCGUUCUAGCUCAGGGGACCUUGAUUUGCUGCUGGAUCCCAUCGUCUUUGCUGAGUUUCUGUGGGUACCCCAGGCCCUCAUCUAAACCUCAGAGGGUUCCCUAGCUGGAGGGUCUCCUUUCUUCUCUUCUGAGCCCCAGAGGCGCUCUCGGCUCCCCCAUUUGGGGUUCCAGGGAGAUUCAGGAAUUCCGUUGUUAAAGUCCAGUGGAAACUGAGCCCCUCCCCCCUUCAGGACCCCAGGCGCUUCCCCACCCUCUCCCCGCCCCCGGGAGCACUCUCAGCUCUGCCUCCUUUGCAUUGGGCUCAUCCGCCGCCGCCAGGAUGAUGAUGUGGUCUAACUUCUUAAUGCAAGAGGAGGACCGGCGAAGGGGGGCGUCUGGCCAGCGGGCUCGAGGGCAGCACAAGUCCGGGCUGUCGCCGGAGCAGGAGGGGAAGAUCAAGCUGGCACUGCUGCUGACCGCUGUGGGCGCCACGCUGGCCGUGCUCUCCGUGGGCACCGAGUUCUGGGUGGAACUCAACACCUUCAAGGCCAACGACAGUGCUGUGUGCGACGCUGCCCACCUGGGGCUGUGGAAGAUGUGCACCAAGCGACUGUGGCAGGCGGACGUGCCCGUGGGCAGAGAGACGUGCGGCCCCGCAGCGCUACCGGGAGAAGCCAACUGCACCUAUUUCAAAUUCUUCACUACAGGGGAGAAUGCACGCAUUUUCCAGAGAACCACAAAGAAAGAGGUGAAUCUGGCAGCUGCAGUGGUAGCAGUGGUAGGCCUGGUAUUCAUGGCCCUGGGAUGCCUCUGUGUCAUCAUGGUGCUCGGCAAAGGUGCAGAGUCCCUGCUCCGAGUUGGAGCUGUCUGCUUUGGCCUCUCAGGCCUGCUGCUCCUGGUCAGCCUGGAGGUGUUCCGGCAUUCUGUGCGAGCCCUGCUGCAGAGAGUCAGCCCGGAGCCUCCCCCAGCCCCGGCCCUGACCUAUGAAUACUCCUGGUCUCUGGCCUGCGGUGUGGGGGCCGGCCUGGUCCUGAUGCUGGGGGGGGGCUGCUUGCUCCUGCUCACCCUGCCGCCCUGGCCCUGGGGCUCACUCUGUCCCAAGCAGGGGCACAGGGCCACCUAGAGCCACUGUUGUGCUUUCUCUAAGCUCCUUCCAAACCCUUCUUUCUCCACUAUACUCUCAAAAUCUUUUGCCCCACGUCCUGGAGAAAGUGGGUUCUCCCUGCUCUGGGGCCCACGUUGUUUGCACAAACCUGCCUCUUGUGUCCUUAUCUUUUCCUGCUGUAAAUAUGUGUAUUUCGGUGGCUGAAUUGGGGUCGCUUAGGGGUGGGAUGGGGAAAGGCUUUUUGCAAACGAGGGUCCCCAGGGAAGGCUGGCAAGGACCUGAUGGGGUAACGAGGGAUGGGGAAGAUUAAGUCAAGGGGUGUUGGGAGGGAAUUGGACCUAUUCAUUUGUCAGAUCUGGACGCAUUGACUUGUGGGAGAGACUUCUUCUGACUAAUCUGAAAUUUGGGGAAAUGGGAGAGUGAGGGUGGGGGAGAACGUCUGGGUCUGACCUUGCUAUGGUCUGUUUUGGGAUUAAAGGUUUGGAAAUUUAACAACUUUGAUUUGGAGUCCAUUUAUGAUGUGAUUGUGCAUUCUGGGGUGGAGAAAAAUGACCCUCUGUGCUCCCCAGAAACAGGCUGCAUGCUACUUAUCAGCCCCCAAGUCACAUGUCAAUGAACCCACAGAGUGUGAGGGAAAACUGAAUCAUUUUGAAUGCAAACCUUGUUAUGGGUUGAAUGUGUCCCUUCCAAAAAUAUAUGUUGGUGUCCUUACCCCCAAGACCUCAGAAUGUGACCUUAUUUGGAUACUGGGUCUUUACAGAGGUGAAAAAUGAGGUCAUUAGGGUGGGUCCUAAUCCAAUCUGACUGGUGUCCUCACAAGAAGAGGAGAUUAGGACAGAGACCCGCACAGAGGGAAGAGAUACAGGAAGAAGACAGCAUCUGCAGCCCAAGGAGAGAGGCCUGGCACAGGUUUUCCUUCAGAGCUGUCAGAAGGAACCAGCCCUGUGACACUUUGAUAUCAGACUUACAGCCUGAGAUC